AUGUGUGAUGACCAUUGUGCAAGCUUUUUUGGGACGUCCCACCUUGCAUCAGCAAAUCAAGCCCCAUUCAAUGGCCCAAAAGAGAGUCCUUAUCAGGAAGGUGUGUGGAGGAUAAGAAUAGAACUGCAGGAUGCGUAUCCUUAUAGAUCUCCAUCUAUUGGAUUCAUGAAUAGGGUAUACAAUCCAAAUAUCGAUGAAAUGUCCUUUUCAGUAUGUUUAGAUGUUAUCAACCAAACUUGGAGUCCCAUGUUUGAUCUGGUGAAUGUAUUUAAAGUGUUUCUUGCUCGGAUUCUUUUGUAUCCUAAUCAUUCUGAUCCAUUAAAUGGAGAAGCUGCUGCUCUUAUGAUGAGUGAUAGGGCCACUUAUGAUCAAAGAGUCAAAGAUUGCAGGAGAAACUGACAGGAACUAUCAGGGAGAUGUGGGCUUUGUGACAUGGGUCAAAAAGAACAGGACCUAGUUUUUGGAGAUCAAGUGUUCAAUUGAGGGUGCAACACGUGAAAACAAGUUGCGCUUCCAUAUAUCCUGAAAAGUUGGAUGGUGUAAAGGGUCUUAAUCUAAUGAAGGUGGUACGUACUGUUAGUUACAGACAUUUUGCUACCCAGAAAACUGUGACAAGCAUGCAAAGCCGGAGGACGUUGAAGGGAAAACAAUUGAUGAAGAGCUGAGGGGCGACGAUGAUGGUUAUGGGUCUGAGGAUGAGCAAGUUGGUGAGCAAAAUCCUGAAUUGCAUGAAUUGAAACUCAUAAACUGAAAAUGUCUGCCUAUGUAAUAUCAAUUACCAGUACCUCUGUACAUGAUUUGCAGCUCUUGCAAAAUGGGAUCUCGUAAACAUAAGUAUUAUGGAAAAAUUCAAAUUCUUAAAUUAAUCAAACACAUAGGGAUAAAGUUUUAUGUUAGAUAAUUGAUAGAAUAAAGAAAUAAUAAUUAUGUACUUUUAUUUUA